GCCCGACUCCAUCUCGAUCGGAUCCUGUUGCCAUCCGUUGAUCGGCCCGCCAAGAUGCCACGGGACCUGCUAGCCGACAAGAAGACGCUCAACGAGAUGCCUCAACUGUCCCGAGAGCCCGCCUCUAGCCCGCCGCCAAAGGACUCCAGUCCAACGCCUCUCUACAGCCCGACUACUUUCAAGGAAGAGCGCUUCAAGAAGAUGGGCAAAAUCCACCCGUUUGCCCAGCUGCUCAAUGUCGAGGACCUCGACGACUGCGACUGGCUUGAACAUGCAGCCUUCGACCCCAUAGAGGCUGCUACACGGGAAAAGCUCGAAUACCGUCUACAAACCUGCGGCGAAUUAUGCUCUGGCCUGUUUUCCUCUGCUUACCCCACCUCGCCCGGCCCACUGGGAGAGAUCAUCAAGUCACGGACAUUUCAGUCUAUAGACGCAUCUGACUCUGACCGGAAACGAAUACUAAUCGGCCACAUCAUCGCCACAAAGUCCAGCUCCCCACUCGUCACAGACGCCUCCAUGGACUACCCCAAGGACUGGCAGACAAACUACCAACUCACUCCAAGCACAGGCCACAACGAAGAUGGCCAAACCGUAUGCUUACACUCACUAUGCGUGCAUCCCAACUUCAGCGGCAAAGGCUUUGGCCAGAUACUACUCAAGAGCUAUGUGCAAAGAAUCAGGGACGCAGAAGUCGCAAAGAGGAUCGCCCUCAUCUGCAGAGAUCGUCUCGUCCGGUUUUACGAGAAUGCGGGAUUCCACAAGGUUGGGCCGAGCAAGUGCCAGUAUGGCGGGGGCAAUUGGGUGGACAUGGUGAUUGAUUUCGAGGAUGGCAUGGGCGACGAUGAUCCAGACUUUUAGAUCACACUGACAAGCAUGAAGAGACGACUUGGGUAUUGAUGAGAAGAUGAAAUGUAACCAUUGUAUAAGACUCUGUUCAUUGGUACCUGGGAUAUCUAGACAUGCUGCGAUGCAGCGGUUACUAAUACAGUGUGCUAAUGUAGUCCUAGACCUAUGUCACCGUUGCUGAUCAAGGCGGCUUCAGUUCUUACGACGAGCUCUGACACUGGUUGUUCUCGAAGAUUUAAAGAAAGCGGGCGUGAGUGAUGACUGCAUCAAAAGAGGCGGGG